GCUUGAAGUCGCCACCAGUCCUGUUGACCGAUGCAGUGCUAACGUGUUGCAGACUUAUCUUGUCAGUUUGCAGACAAUUGGCGUUGGUCAAGAGAGAUAAACAUCGGUAGCUGAAUUACCUGUAGCUUGAGAUAACUGAAAAAAUUAAAAUGGCGAGCGUUUCCUACCACAUCGCCAACUUACUGGAGAAGAUGACGUCCAGUGACAAAGACUUUCGUUUCAUGGCAACCAAUGACUUGAUGGCAGAACUUCAGAAAGACUCCAUAAAACUGGAUGAUGACAGUGAGAGAAAGGUGGUAAAGAUGUUGCUAAAACUGCUAGAGGAUAAGAAUGGAGAAGUACAAAACUUAGCAGUAAAAUGUCUUGGUCCACUGGUGAACAAGGUGAAAGAGUUCCAGGUGGAGACCAUAGUAGACACACUGUGUAGUAAUAUGAUGUCAGACAAGGAACAGCUCAGAGAUAUAUCCAGCAUAGGUUUGAAGACGGUGAUAAGUGAGCUACCGCCCUCAUCCACUGUUCUAGCCGCCAGUAUAUGCAAAAAGAUUACAGGGAGAUUAACCAGUGCCAUCGCUAAGCAAGAAGAUGUCUCAGUCCAGCUUGAGGCCUUGGACAUCUUGGGGGAUUUGCUCAGCAGAUUUGGAGGUUUGUUACUUUCUUUCCACCCCUCAAUCCAGCAAGCUUUGCUGCCUCAGUUGUCCAGCCCAAGACUGGCUGUUAGGAAGAGGGCUAUUUUGGCUAUAAGUCACUUGGUGAUGAGUUGCAACAACAGUUUGUUUGUGGAGUUGAUUGAUUUCCUGUUGAAAGCAUUGUCCAAGAAUGCAUCUACAUCUACCACUAGAACUUAUAUACAGUGCAUAGGAGCCAUCAGUCGUCAAGCUGGCCACAGGAUAGGAGAGCAUCUCGAAAAAAUUGUUCCACUUAUCGUGAAAUUUUGCAAAGUUGAAGACGACGAGUUGAGGGAGUAUUGCAUUCAAGCUUUCGAAUCCUUUGUAAGAAGAUGCCCCAAAGAAAUUUCUCCGCAUAUUGGCACGAUUAUAACCCUAUGUCUAAGCUAUAUUUGCUAUGACCCAAAUUACAACUAUGACGAUGAAGAUGACGAAGACACUAUGGAAAUGGAGGCAGAUGAAGACGAAGAGGGGAGUGAUGACGAGUACAGCGAUGAUGAUGACAUGAGCUGGAAGGUCAGACGUGCGUCCGCUAAAUGUCUGGACGCCAUUAUUAGCACCAGGCACGAAAUGCUGCUUGACCUGUACAAAAAUGUUUCCCCAACUCUGGUCAAUAGGUUUAAAGAACGAGAAGAGAAUGUGAAGUCAGACAUAUUCCAUGCAUACAUCUCUCUACUGAGGCAGACCAGGCCGACAGUGUCUGCAGACCCUGAUGCCAUGGAGCAAGGAGAGGGGCCAGUCAUCAUGCUGCAGUCUCAGAUCCCUUCCAUCAUCAAGGCCAUCCACAAGCAGUUGAAGGAGAAGAGUAUCAAGACGCGCCAGUGCUGCUUUGCUCUGCUCACAGAGCUGGUGCAGGUGCUUCCCGGGGCUCUCACGGAUCACAUACAGGCCUUGGUUCCCGGAGUGAUCUUUUCCUUAGGAGACAAGAACUCCAGCUCCAACAUGAAGAUAGACACUUUGUCUUUCCUGAACUGUCUGAUGUCACAUCACAUCCCGACCGUAUUCCACCCACAUGUACCCGCUCUCAUCAAGCCUAUAGUGGCAGCAGUGGCAGACCCCUUCUAUAAGAUCACAUCAGAGGCUCUCCUGGUGACCCAACAGCUGGUGAAAGUCAUCAGACCACUGGAUAGUAUCACAAACUUUGACUUCACCCAGUAUGUGUGGCCAGUAUAUCAGUGUACACUGGGCAGGUUGAAGGCAGCGGACAUUGACCAGGAAGUGAAGGAGAGGGCCAUUUCAUGCAUGGGUCAGGUGAUCUGUAACCUAGGCGACAGUCUCAGUGCAGAACUGGGCACCUGUUUGCCCAUCUUCCUGGAACGGCUGAAGAACGAGAUCACGCGACUGACUACAGUCAAGGCUCUGACCAUGAUAGCCGGGUCACCAUUGAAGAUUGACCUCAGGCCAAUCAUGAGCGAGGGAAUACCAAUUUUAGCUUCUUUCUUAAGGAAGAACCAUCGUGCUCUGAAACUGUGCACUUUAACUUGUUUGGACGUCAUGGUUAAAAACUAUGGGAAUGCCUUGACUACAGCCAUGAUAGCUGACAUCAUGAAGGAACUCCCACCUUUGAUCAACGAGGCCGACCUGCAUAUUUCCCAGUUAACCCUGAGCUUACUGACAUCUGUUUCCCACAUCCACAAAGGAUCCAUGGCGGACAUACAGUCUGGAAUACUGCCCCAGAUCCUGGUGUUGGUGAGAUCUCCUUUGUUACAAGGUGUUGCCCUGAACUCUUUGCUGGAGUUUUUCCAAGCUCUGGUAAACUGUGGGUUGGCUGGUAUGGGCUUUAGGCAGCUACUUCAGAUGUUAACAGCACCAGUGUAUCACCCUUCAUCUGCUACACAGCCAGCUAACUCAACCCUGGCCGUUCACAAACAGGCGUUUCACUCCAUUGCCCAGUGUGUUGCCGUUCUGACAAUAGCGUGUAAAAACGAGGCUUCCACAGUUGUCAAUCAGUUUGUGGCAGACAUAAAGAACUCCAGUUCGACAGACUCUGUGAAGUUAUUUGCAUUGUUGGCGCUGGGGGAAGUUGGACGACAUGUAGACUUAAGUGGCCAAGGUGAAUUAGAGAAGGUAAUCCUUGAUUCGUUCUCGUCUCACAACGAGGAGGUCAAAUCUGCAGCAUCGUAUGCUUUAGGCAGUGUCAGUGUAGGUAACCUGCCCAAGUAUUUGCCCUUCGUUCUAAAAGAAAUUGAAGACCAACCAAAACGGCAGUAUUUACUCUUACACUCUCUAAAAGAGAUAAUAAGUUCUGAAUCGGCAACACAAACUUCAGUAGAGGUGCUCAAGCCAUAUAUUGUUACAAUAUGGGCCAUGUUGUUUCACCACUGUGAGUGUCCGGAAGAAGGCACAAGAAACGUAGUAGCCGAGUGUCUGGGAAAACUUACGCUGAUCGACCCAAAUAAUUUAUUGCCUGAGCUUCAAAAACAUUUGACUUCACCAUCAGCCUUGACCCGGAGUACGGUUGUUACUGCUGUAAAGUUUACAAUAUCAGAUCAGCCACAGACAAUAGACUCACUGUUGCGAGGCUGCAUCGGGGAAUUCCUGAAUACCAUACAUGAUCCAGAUUUGAAUGUGCGUCGGGUGGCAUUGGUGGCUUUCAACUCGGCAGCUCACAACAAACCGUCUCUGAUCCGAGACCUGCUGAACACCAUUCUCCCCCAUCUGUAUGAAGAAACCAAAGUCAAGAAAGAGUUGAUCAGAGAAGUAGAAAUGGGGCCCUUCAAACACACAGUGGACGAUGGGCUGGACAUCAGAAAAGCAGCAUUUGAGUGCAUGUACACUCUCCUAGAUGCCUGCAUGGACAGACUGGACAUCUUUGAGUUCCUGAACCAUGUGGAGGAUGGUCUGAAGGACCACUACGACAUUAAGAUGUUGACCUAUCUGAUGCUCAUCCGCCUUUCUCACCUGUGUCCGAGUGCUGUGCUGCAAAGAAUGGACCGGCUCCUGGAGCCGCUUAGGUCCACGUGCACCACCAAGGUGAAGGCCAAUUCCGUGAAGCAGGAGUUUGAGAAGCAAGAAGAAUUGAAACACUCUGCAAUGAGAGCGGUUGCCGCACUACUGGCAAUUCCAGAUGCAGAGAAAAGCCCUCUGAUGAACGAAUUUCUCUCACAGAUCAAAUCCAGUCAGGAGCUUCAGGGUGUUUUUGAGUCCAUACAGAAUACGGCAUCAGAAACUUCCCUCAUGGAUACCAGUUAAACCAGACUGUGGAAAAACUUUAUAUACUACCAGAAAACUAGGGCGUGUGACACAGGGUUUUGAACCAGUUUCACAAAGGAAUUUUAUAUUGAAUGUCAGGCACAACUUUGAGAUCAAAACUUUAGCCUGCGACGAUAAAUAGCCUAAAACGUUAGCCGUACCUUUCUUUUUAUAAAACGAACCCAUUAUUUCAUUUAAGUGGACUGCUACCGUUUUUUUUUUUUUUUUUUUUUUUUUUUUUUUUUUUGGAUCAAAGAAGUCUUAAAAUUUGUCUAAAAGUCAAGACCGGAGAUUGGUCUUAGUUUAAAGUAUUAAAUCUAUCCCUGCUCUAGCAGAAACAACUGAAAUGGGCAAUUUAUAGUCAGAAAAACACGAAUCACUUGGUCAAGAAUGGCCUUGCUUUGUUUCAUAAAAUAAGAUACCUCCUCUACUGAAAUCUCCCUCGCAGACGCAAUUGUAAUGUUAAAGGAAAAACAAAAAAUCAUAGCUUUGUUAAAGGCCAUCUUGUUUUAUGGUCUUGGUGUAUUUGAACGGUAUAGUAACAUUGAGAAAACCCCCUGUGGUGAUUCGGGUAAAAUGCGUGACAACCAGAGGGGAAGUUUAUCCCAAUAGAAACCAAGCCCAUACUACCAACAUUUGUUGUGCAACCGAAAUGCUUGCAAAAUGAUUGUCUUUUGCUACCGCCACCAGUUUUAGCUAUUAAAAUGCAGAAAAAUAUUGAAUAAAAUUAUAUAUUAAACCUG